UUUCUGAGUGUUUUUGUGUGUGUACAUAUCUCUUACUUUUAUAAAUAUACAUAUAAUUCAGAGUGUCACGUCUCAUCACUGAGCCUUAGGGAACUUUUGGCACCAUGUCCUGUGUACAUUACAAAUUUUUCUCCGAACUCAGCUAUGAUACUGUUAUCUUUGAUGGACUCCACAUCUCCCUGUCUGAUUUGAAGAAGCAAAUCAUGAAGAAAGAGAAACUCAAGGCUACUAACUGUGAUCUACAGAUCAGCAAUGCAGAAACAAAAGAAGAAUACUCAGAUGACAAUGCCCUGAUUCACAAGAAUUUAUCCGUUAUUGUAAGAAGGAUUCCUGUUGGAGGUGUUGUAUCUACCAGCAGGACAUAUGUUUUAGAUCUAACUAAACAAGUGAGUAGAACCUCAAAAACUAAAAUGAACAUUGACUCUUCUGCAUCUGUUUCUGUGGCCCAGCUUAUAAAGAAUGCCAAUCUGGAUGAGGCCGAUGCUUCUGAAGAAGACAAAAUUAAAGCAAUGAUGGUACAGUCUGUCCAUGAAUAUGAUCCGCUCAAUUACAUGAAGACACCUCUGGGUCCACCUCCACCAUCUUAUACCUGUUUCAGGGGUGGUAAACCUGGAUAUUACAUAAAGAAUUACUCAACAAAAGGGAAUAAAAAUGUUGAGCCAGUUCCCAGAAUUAAAAAGAGUACUGGAAUUCCUAGAAGUUUUAUGAUGGAGGUGAAAGAUCCUAACAUGAGAGGUGUCAUGCUUACCAGUAGUGGAAAAUAUGUAAUUCCAACUAUAGAUGCAGAGGCAUAUGUCACAGGGAAGAAAGAAAAGCCACCUUUCCUACCAGAGGAACCAUCCUCUUCAUCAGAAGAGGAUAACCCUAUCCCAAAUGAACUGUUAUGUCUAAUCUGCAAAGAUAUAGUGACUGAUGCAGCUGUAAUACCUUGCUGUGGAAACAGUUAUUGUGAUGAAUGUAUAAGAACAGCAUUGCUAGAAUCAGAUGAACAUACAUGUCCAACUUGUCAUAAGAAUGAUGUAUCUCCUGAUGCUUUAAUUGCCAACAAAUGUUUGCGCCAGGCUGUUAAUAACUUCAAAAAUGAAAUUGGUUAUACUAAAAGGCUUCAAAAGCAAAUAUGCCCACCCCCACCUCCAAGACCACUGAUUCAGCUGAACCUACAAACAGUGAUGAGACCUCCAAUGUCAAGACAACAGGAUCCUUUGAUGAUUCCAGUGACAUCGACAUCUACUCAUGCAGCAACUUCUAUAUCAUCAUCCAUGACUCCUAAUCAGUCUUCCCUAUCCUCUGCUAUACCAAUAAAUCAACCUUCUACUCCAGCUUCAGUUCCUGAUGUAACUGCCACGGUGUCCAUAUCUGUCCAUUCAGAAAAACCAGAUGGAUCUUUCUGUGAUCCUGAUGAUAAAAUUAUACCUGCUGCAGCUUUGGUAUCAGAUCAUCCUAAAGCUUCUUCAUCAACAGCAACUAAUGCACUAAUGGAAGAAAAGGGCUAUCGGAUACCUGCACUUGGAACUCCUUCGCUUGGGCAGUCCCUGUUGCAUGGACAAUUGAUACGUACAACUGAUCCAGUAAGAAUAAAUGCUGCUCAUUCUGCUGCUGCUGGUAGAUCUGGUUGGGAACUAAGCAAAAAUCGAGGGCAACAUCUUGGUGAACAUUCACAGAGGACUCAAAGGCCAUCACUACCAGCAACACUUGUACCACCACCUCUUUUGUAUCCACCACGUCCACCCACGCUUCCUUUUCCUCCAGGUGUUCCACCACCUCAGUUCCCUCCUCAGUUUCCACCUGGGCGACCACCACCUGCUGGCUACAGAGUCCCUCCUCCAGGCUUCCCUCCAGCACCUACGAAUUUAUCAACAUCUUGGUUAUCAAUAGCAGUAGGAACAGCUCCUUCAAAUACUAUCGGAACAAUACAAGCUCCACCCUUAUCCAAGGAAGAGUUCUACAGAGAGCAAAGACGACUUAAAGAGGAGGAAAAGAAAAAGUCCAAACGAAAUUUUGCUAACAAAAAGAUUCAAAAGGAGCGUAGACGCUCAUUUUCAAGGUCUAAAUCGCCAAAUAGUGGCUCCUCUCCUUCAAGAAGUUCAUAUACCUAUUCUAAAUCGAGAUCUAGUUCCUCACGUUCCCCUUCCUAUUCUCGAUCCUUUAGUCAUUCACAUUCCAGAAGAAGCAGGGGGAAAAGUCGAAAUUAUCAUUCAAGAUCCAGGUCUCAUGGAAAUCACCGCUCCAGAUCAAGGUCGCACCCAUAUCGGCGAUGUCAUUCACGAUCAAGAUCCCCUCCAGUUUUUAGGGGACAGUCUCCUAAUAAACAAAAUAUACCUCAAGGAGAAACAGGUCACCGCAGUUGCAACAGAAGUGGCAAUUACCCAGAAAAGCUUUCAGCAAGAGAUGGUCACACCAUGAAGGACAGUGCCAAGUCAAAAGAGAAGGACCGUGAAAAUCCACCAGGAGAUGGAAAGGGAAACAAACACAAGAAACACCGAAAGAGAAGAAAGGGGGAAGAAAAUGAUGGAUUUCCUGAAAAACAAAGGAAGUGUUAA